AUGUACCGCGGUAGGAGAUUGUCCAAGAUGCCUCAGAAAGAGGCUUCAGAGUCUGCGGCGCAUGCACCAGAGCCUGCCUCAGCUCCGAGUGUGCGUCUCACGCCUGCGAUUCCCACGCCAAACAUUCAUGCCGAGACGGUGCAGAUGAAAGAGAAGUAUACUGCGCCAUUUAUGCUGUACGAUUCUCAGGCGCGGCGCAUCGUUGCAAACCGCCAAUACGAUCGUGCUCUUGUUGCCGAGAUGCAUCGCGUGCAGAGCAUCCUUCUCACACACCUGCGCACCCCGAUCCAGGCGCACCUCUCCUACACCCCAAAGGAACUGCUCUACGAGCUGGAGGCUGCGCUGUACCACGUUUGCGCCUCCCUUGCCGUCCAAGACAACGUGUCCUCGCUGCGGCACGUACUCAAUGACACCGAGGCAGACCCGCACAUGCCGCAGCUAGAGUCCUUUCUCGCUCAUCACAACGCACCCGCGAAGACAGUCGUCGCUCUGGCGCAUUGUCUCAGCGAGGGUACCUCGCACGACGUCCUUACAUCGUUUCUGCAGAUGCUUGAGCAGCGGGUGCAGCAGGAGCGGGACCCCGCGGUGGAUUUCAAACGCUCUGCGGAUGAGCACCGCGCCCUGCUCGCGACCAAGAACAACCUGCAAGACAUCGCACAGCUGGUGCGCGAUGUGCAGACGGCGUACCGCAGUAUCGACACGGCGUCGCAGGCGCUGCGCCGGCAGCCACAGAGCGACCCGACCGAGGUGGACAUGCCUCGAAGCCCGGCAGCUAACGCUGUCCCCGCCAGGAUAGUCGAGGAGGCGUUCUACAAGGUGCUGCGCUGGGUGGUCGCUGUGGACGCCGAUCGACGUGCACUGAAGGCGGCGGCUACAAGCACCGCUGCCGCGACUGAAGCAGAGUCAGCUCCGGUAACGACACCGAUGCCCGAGACAGCUGCGACGCCAUCGACGGCGAACGUGAAGGCGUUUGCUAGAGUGAUCGAGUACGACCCAUAUACUGGGCAUCUAACGCUGGAGCGCGCUGAUGUGGCGCAGCGCUGGGGGCUCCUCUUGAACGACAAGGGUCUCCUUGUGGGCGUGGAGAAUGAGCUGCGCAACUCUAGCGAGGCUGGAGAACGCCUGUACGACGCCGUCCAGCAGCAGUCUGGCGAGGCUGGCGGCCUAGCCAUUUUCGAGGUGAACCGCCGCCGCGUACGCGCCGUCCACCUGAGCAGCGAGGCGGUCGCUUUCAGCCGCGAUGACAUUAUGCGGAAGCUCCGCGCAGGCCUCACGCAACCCACCAAGACACUUUCCCUCACCCUUGAGAGGCGCAAGCAGGCGGACUUGACGGUGCCUCGCGAGGUUCUGUUCGAAGUGUCCUACCAAGGCGGCGAGGGUGGCGUCGGCCAGCGCUGUCUCCUCAUGGUGGAGCGCGCGUCGACGUCCAUCUCGUGGGGGCUGAAGCUGCAGUAUCUGAAGGGCGCAGCCGCUGUUCUCUCUGACUUCGCUCCAAACAUGAAGCUCUCCAACGCCGCCAAGAACCUUCUGUUUGACAUGCGGGGCCGUCUCCGUGUUUUGAAGGUCAACAACCGCGACAUGGCAAGGCUGUCCGUGGAGGAAAUGAGGAGUCUCAUCUCUGGCUCGCUGUUGCUCACUCUUCAUCUGCAGGUGACAGAUGCGAAAGGGGACGUGCCGCCUGAGGCCGAGGCGCCGCAGCCCUCGCAGCUGGAGCGGUCUCUCUCCACUGAAGAGGUAGCAGAUGCGCAGGGGACGUCAGCGGUGGAUGCAGCAUCUUCAGAGGCGCAGAAAGAAGCAGCAGCCCUUGCAGAGGCUGAGGCAGCAGCUGAUGAGCCGGCAGAGGCGACAAAAAUGGUGAGUUUGGUACAAGGCGAAAUUGACAAUCUGGCCGACUCGAUCGCGGAUGAGUUUCUGAAGCAGCACAGUCAGGAGGCAACGCUCGAGGCCACAGCAUCCGAUAAGGCUGAUGCGCCUGCUGUGGAGGAGGCUUUCGAGGCGUUGGAGGAGCUGCGCUGCGCCAGGCUCACUACCACGAUUGGAGCCCCUGGGGGCGCGGAUAAUCACAGAGGCGACAGGGACGCUGAAAAAGAUGCGAACUUGGAGCAGUUAUCGCGGCAGCAGCACUGGGAAGACGACGACGGUAUAAAGGACGCCGCAUCUGGUUUCGCAGAUGAGGAGACGGCUGAUCACGCACUCAUGGAUAGUUUCAAGGAUGUUGCUGAUGGCGAGGCCGUCCCUAAGGUGGAGGAGGUAGAUAAUCGCAUCACUGAGGGCGAGGAGAACGUGGCGGAGCACGGGGUUGCUGCGCACGUGGAUGCUGUUGAGCAGGAAGCGAUGGACGGCAUCGAGGCGGCUGAAGAUGAGGCCGAGGCGGAGCCGUCAAGGAAGAUGCGCGGGCGCAAGAAGGCACCUGCCAAAGUGGCGAAGGUGCGUGCGACGAAGGGCGAAAAGAAUGCGCGGGGCGGCGGCCGCAGGAAGAAGGGCGGGAAGGCUGCUGCGGCGGACGGGCAAGAGGCAGACGACGACGAGGACGCGUGUGCGCGGGAAGCCGCGGAGGACGACGACAAGCAGCUGGAGAACGUCGAGGAUAAAGAGGCCGCUGAGGUGUCGCUAGGCGAAGCCGCGCUCGCAGCGGAGGCAGAGGCGCUUCCGUCCGAGGCUGGUGCAGGCGACGCUACGAUCGAGGGUGCGGAGGCGAAGCAGAGGUGUGGUGCCGGUUCAAAGGCGUCUGCCGUUGAAGCAGCGACAUCCAAAGAAGACGGAAGAGGUGCAGGCGCCGUAGAGGACACCGGUGCCAUAGAGCCAGACAACAUCGGCAAGGAUUCCGCCUCAGCUCCGGUGGACGUGCCACUCGUCGACCUCCCGCCUACCGCCGCGGAGGUGGCCAUCGAACAUGGGCUGGAAAACACAAUGAAGAAGCAGUCCGCGAAGGCGGACGCCACGGAGGCGGCUCUUGCCGCUGAGGAUGAAGUAGACGAUGUGCCGCGGAUCUCGCUGAACCGACUGCUCGAAGCACAGCCGCUGACCUUCGAUAACGAUGUCCGGCUCGAGAAGUUCGAUGGCUCGACGUUGGAGCUGGAGCGGUCGAGUACGAAGCGCCCGUGGAACAUCAAGGUGGCCUUUGCGGGGGACGACAUUAUUAUGACAAAGCUGCCACCCUUUGCUCCGAAGCAGCAGACACAUCCAUUUCUGCGCUCUCUGCGCGCAGGCCCGCAGGGUGAGGUGAAGUGGGUGGUGGACGGCCUGAAUGGGCAGGACCUCUCCGUGAUGACCAAGUCCAACAAGACAAAGGCGUUGGACGCUAUCAAAGGCUCCACGAAGCUCUCCUUUGUUUUGAGGGCACUUCGAAAGUGA